UCUUGCGUUUCAUUUUUAAGUUCUGUAUGCGCUUUGUUUGGAGCGAGAUCGUGCAUCAGCCUCAUAGUCAGUUUUAAAAAAGGUCAUUUCUAGUGUGUUCUGGUACAAUUUGGAUUAUUCUAUACCAAUUCUGUCAGAUUUCAUACGCGUGCACUAAUGUCGGUAGGAACUGAGUCUGGGUUUUCGAGCGAAGAGGUGCUGAAUAUUCGUUUUCCUCUUCAUCGGGCGUGCAGGGAUGGAGAUGUGGGUGCCUUGUGCUCGCUCCUCCAAUGCACCACGAACCACGCAGAUCUCGCUGUCGAAGACUCCUUCUAUGGAUGGACCCCAUUACACUGGGCUGCACAUUUUGGAACGCUGGAGUGUGUCAUGCAGCUGAUACAGGUGGGCUGCAGCGUGAACUCCAUAACCUCCCGAUUUGCCCAGACACCUGCUCAUAUCGCUGCCUUUGGCGGCCAUCCACAGUGUCUGCUCUGGCUGCUGCAGGCCGGGGCCGACAUCAACAGACAGGACUAUGUUGGGGAAACCCCCAUCCACAAGGCAGCUCGUGCUGGGAGCAUAGAGUGCAUAAACACUCUCCUGGUUCAGGGGGCGAAAGCUGACUUAAAGAAUGCUAGUGGACUGACUGCAGCUGACCUAGCCCACGCCCAGGGCUUCCACCAGUGUGCCCAACUGUUGUCCAAUACGCAGAACCAUCAGCUCAGCCGGCUUAACGGCUUUGUCACCAGUGAUUCUGUGCUCAAUGGGGGCCGCCAACUAAGCCAGGGGCGGGGCUUCCAUAACGGGGUGCCCAGUAGAAAGAGGUCCCUUGAUUUCAUUGAGCCCAAUCAUUUUAAAAAGGCCAGAACCAAUGGCCUAGAUCUACAAAUUAAAAUGAUGAAUGGGAUGAAUGGAUCUGGUGGAGAGGACCUGAUGGAGACCAUGCACAUGGAACUUGGUCCCAUACUAAGCACCACAGCACCAGGGAUCACUUUAAGUGUCUUUCACCAGUCAGAGCAGCCCAUGGCCCAUGUUGAGCAGACACAAGGGAGUGGAAAUGGAAAUGCAGCCUUAAUGCCAGAAGCUGCGAAGAUGGAUGUCUCCUUGGUUCUUGAUAACCUUGGCAAUGGCCUUCAUUUCAGCCACCAUAAUGGCUUCGGUGACACAGCUGAAAACAUCGAGGACACCAGCAGACCAUUAGAGCGCCAAAAGUCAGUCAGUGCUGAGGAUCAGUAUGAUCACUCUCCCUUCACUGCCAUGCAUCUUUUUCAUGGGUCUUAAGAAAAAAAGACACCUGCUUGAUUUCACAUGUAUUUAAUUAGAUCUCGUUUCAGAGUAGCCUACAUGAUAUAUUUGAUCUCCAUUGCAAACAAAAAAUUGUUUAAACAUGAACAAGUGCAAGUAUUGCGUUGUCUAUUACAAACUAAUUGGAGUAAAGUUGGAAUGUGAAUAAUGUGAAUGUCUUCUUAGGUCUGAGAUACUUGCUUCAUGUAUUUAGGAGCCCUUGGCUUCUAUGUGGUUUGUGCUACAUACUGCUAAAAGAGUGUACUGUUCCUAGAUGUAAUGUCUCUGGAUUUUAACCAUAAACUGGUGCUUUGUGGCAGGCAUUUAAUCUGUCUUGUCUUAAUAAAAUUAUACCACCAAAAUUA